AUGUUCCUGUUGCAAGGCGCCCAGAUGCUGCAGAUGCUGGAGAAAUCCUUGAGGAAGAGCCUUCCUGUGUCCUUAAAGGUUUAUGGGACUGUCAUGCACAUGAACCAUGGAAACCCAUUCAACCUAAAGGCCUUGGUGGACAAGUGGCCUGAUUUUAGGACAGUGGUUAUCCGCCCUCAGGAGCAGGACAUGAAAGAUGACCUUGAUCACUACACUAAUACUUACCAUGUUUACUCUGAAGAUCUUAAGAAUUGUCAGGAAUUCCUUGACUUACCAGAAGUCAUCAACUGGAAACAGCAUUUGCAGAUCCAAAGUACACAGUCCAGCCUGAAUGAAGUAAUACAAAAUCUUGCAGCCACGAAAUCCUUCAAAGUCAAGCGAUCAAAAAACAUUCUCUAUAUGGCAUCUGAGACAAUAAAGGAGCUGACUCCAUCCCUGCUGGAUGUAAAGAACUUACCAGUCGGAGAUGGUAAACCCAAGGCCGUAGACCCAGAAACGUUUAAGCUCUCGUCUGCAGAUCCUAGCCAUGCGGCUUUGGUGAACAGAUUCUGGCUUUUCGGCGGCAACGAGAGGAGCCUGAGGUUCAUUGAGCGCUGUAUCCAGAGCUUCCCCAACUUCUGCCUGCUGGGGCCUGAGGGGACCCCUGUGUCCUGGUCCCUGAUGGACCAGACGGGAGAGAUGCGGAUGGCAGGCACCCUGCCUGAGUACCGGGCCCAGGGGCUUGUCACCCACGCCAUCUACCAGCAGGCCCAGUGUCUGCUCAAGCGGGGCUUCCCCGUGUACUCUCACGUGGACCCCAAGAACCAGAUCAUGCAGAAGAUGAGUCAGAGCCUCAACCACGUGCCCAUGCCCUGCGACUGGAACCAGUGGAACUGUGAGCCUCUGUGA